UUUUUUUUUUUUUUUGCAAAUCAGGGAGGAUACCGUACAGUAUCAUGCCGAUGCGAAAAAGAGAAGCAAAAAUAAAAGAAACCUCAAGCUCCAGCGAGUCCACUCGCUAAGAUUCGCCGAAACCCCGCAAUCGAUUUUGUCUGCUUCACCGAGGCUUUCCAGGCACGCACACGCCUUAGCCAGCCUUAGCCAGCGAAGCACUGUUAUUACCGCGCAGCAGCAAGGCUUGGUCGCCGCAGCGCCUUUUUUCCUUCGAUCUUUGCAGAAGAUUGCGCGCGCGACCGCUGAAGCAGCCAUUGCGGCAAGCGCAGCUUCUUUUUUCCAGCACACAUUCGAACGCGAGCGAGCCGAGCCGCUGUCGCAGCGGAGAAGCGAGCGCCAGACGUCAAUGGUGGCGCAAGUGACUCUCACCAUGGACCCUAUCACGCAGCGCAUCGACAUGAAGCAGGAGCCGCCGACGACGGCGAAGCGCAGCGCCUCCAAAACGCGCCAAGCUGCCAGGACGUGCGACUCGACAAGCGUUUCGCCUCAGGGGACGCAGCAGCCACAGAACGGGUGGAACCUGGCCACGAUCAAGGAAGGCAGCAAGCGCGCGAGACCCGAAGCUCCGAAGUUCCUGCUGCUGCUGUAUGAGAUCCUGGAGGUGGAGAGCUCCCGCGUGAUCCGGUGGUCCGAGGACGGCCUGGCAUUGCAGAUCCUGGACCCCGUGACUGUCACGGAGCAGAUCCUUCCAAAGUAUUUCAACCACACCAACUUUCACAGCUUCCAGCGCCAACUCAACUACUUUGGCUUCCGCAAAUGGACCAAGUCCAAGACGGAUAUCUGCACCUUCAGCCACCCCUUCUUCCGGGAGAACCAGCCAGAAUUACUGCAGCUCAUCAAGCGCAAAAAGGCCCCUCGACGAACCCCCGCUAGUGGAGCUGGCAGCACACCAACCAAUGGGACUACAGCUACUACUGCGGGUCCGACGUCAAUGAAAAUGUCGCCUUGUGGCAAACGGAAGCUCCCAUCGGAUGAAGGAAACUCGGAAGGCUUUCCCGCUCAAAGCACGGGGAUGCACAUUCAAAUGAACACAUCAUCUGUUCCUAUCCAGCCUGCUAUUAACGGGAUGCCGCUCAGUGCCAUGACGACGCCUCAUGGCGCUUCAUCUAACGCAGCUUUGGGCUUCUCACAAGAUGGCCUGACUCGCCAGUAUCUACCGGAGCUGAACAACGUCAUUUCGCCCGUGGCGGCCACUGAGUGCAAGAAGAAAGCCAAGAAACUCGACAAGAAGGACUACUUAUCAAGUGCUGCCAUACAAGCCUCGCUGGUGCAAUCUAGCGAGGCAUCCAACUCCCUCGUGAACUCAUCGACUGUGCCGUCAAUGAGCGUCUCUGGCUUCACGCCCUCCUCGUUGAUGUCCGUUAGCAACAGCAGUCGUACCAGCUCAGACAAUGGAUACGCUGCUACUGCAACGCCUACUUCCAUGGGGGCACUACCGACGCUAAACAUCGUGCGCAGCCGCCUCAUUCAGCGACAGCAGGCUGGUUCUGAACAACAGCCAGUCUUUCAGCCGCAGUACGAGUACAACGGUUUUUCUGGAUUCUCAACAGCAAAUGCACCUCCGGGUGUAGUUGUCUCUGGCACGGAGAGCCGACCCGAGCUUUUGGCUCAGUCACUGGGUAUGACACAAGUGGCUCGACCUGAGUUGAACCCUGCUCAAAGUCCUGUUUUCUCGAACUCAUUCAACGAUCCAGUGAAUAUUCUUCUACGCAUCAAGAAGUCACGGACACCAUCGAGCGAAGGCAAACACGUGGGCUCGCAGCAAGAGCAGGGUGACGACCAGAACGACAGCCUGGCGUCGUUGCACAACUAUUUGCUGGGAAACAGUUUGUACACCAACCGUCUCCAGGCACAACUGAAGUUCGUCGCAGAGGAGAACGAAGCCCUGAAGCACAUGCUGGAUGCUAAGCAGCGAGAGGUAGACACUCUGCAGAGCGAACGCAAGGCACUUCAGCAGGAAAAUGCGGUGCUACUGGAGGACAAGAACAAGCUCUUUGAGAUCAAUCGGGAUCUACUGAGCAAGUUGUUUCCCCAGUGAUUUAUGAAGCCAUUCGAGAACGCAGCGCUAAGACUCCUCAACUAACCAUCCGAUCCAGAAGCGAAGACAAUAUUUGACGUGCAACUGUAGAGCUGGCCCGGAUGUGAGAGGUGAACGCCCAGGGACUGACUACCAACUAGUUUGUGACGAGAAACAUAAUGCGGAGCCGAAGAUACGCAAGGGAUGACAUGUCAAUAAAGCAGAAAGAUAGCACGAGGACAACAACGAUCGGCGGACGUCCAUGUACAAAAAAACCAACCAAACAAGACGAAAUGUGCAAAUGAAUCAACCAAUGUGUACACAAUGAAAAUGUAAUUACUUCUCUUCGUGCACGAGCUGGUCUUCACUUUCACAAAGUUCUCUAAAAUGAGUGGAAAAACUAGUGUUUGCACUGGCCAGGGAAGCGAGGUAGUGGGAUCACAUCGCGGAUAUUAUCCAUUCCCGUGGCGAAAAGCACAAGUCGUUCGAAGCCAAGGCCCCAACCAGCGUGAGGUACCGAACCGAAGCGACGCAAGUCUAAGUACCAGUCGAGAUCUCCACCGGCAGAAGCAAUGGAUUCUUCAUCAAGAUCCUCUUCAGGGAUCAAACCAAGAUGACGCAUUUUCUUCUCCAGCACCUCGAAACGCUCUUCACGAACACUACCACCGACGAGUUCACCAAUUUUUGGCACCAGCAGGUCCAUGCCUGCCACCGUCUCUCGGUUUUGCUCAUCGGGUGCAUUCUUGCGCAUGUAAAAGGCCUUGAUGCCUGCCGGGUAGUCCGUCACGAAGACCGGUCCGCCAACGUAUUUUUCAGCCAGAAAACGCUCAUGUUCCGUCUGUAAGUCCAUUCCCCACUCGGGUUUCUUUUCAAAGUUCACUUUGCCCCUUUCCUCUGCCACUGCUUUCUGAAGAACCUCGAUGGCUUCCGUGUAGGUUAAGCGGGCAAAGUCUUUCUCCACAACACGCUCCAGUCGCUCAGCGAUUUUCUUGUCGUAAUUCUUGUUGAAGAACGCAAUGUCUUCAGCACAAGUAUUCAACGCAUGCGCCACAGAACGCUGGAUAGCACCCUGGGCCGAAGCAACGCACUCUUCGAGGCCCGCGAACGCCAUCUCAGGCUCAACCAUCCAGAACUCUGCCAAAUGACGGGUGGUGUUGCUGUUUUCUGCACGGAAUGUUGGGCCAAAAGUGUACACCUUGCUCAGAGCGGAAGCGUACAUCUCAGCAUGUAGCUGGCCAGAUACCGUUAAAUACGUCGGCGUGCCAAAGAACUCCUCGUCCUUCCCAUCUACAUGGCAGUUAAGACAUAGCGUAGUGAUUAUUAGCUACAAGAACAUAAGUCAACAAUAUCAUACAUGACCAAUACUUACCGA